AUGCUCAGGACACGCUCAGCGACUCUGCCGUCCCCGUCGAGCUGGGUACUCGCUCGCGUCAGCUGUCCUCGCUCGUCGCCGAAUCUUUCUCUCCCUCCUCGUACUCGCACCUUCACCACGACCACCCUCGUUGCGGGCAAGUCCGGCUCGUCCGCACGGUGGCUACAGCGACAACAGCACGAUCCUUAUGUGCGAAGUCGCGCGUCAGGACCGCUCGACGCGCCGGCAGCCUUCGUCUCGCGCUCGGCGUUCAAGUUGCUCGACCUUCACAAGGCCAGGCGAGGGAGCCUGCCGCUGUUGCGACCUGACAUGGUCGUCGUAGAUCUCGGUGCAGCGCCAGGCGGGUGGAUCCAGGCGGCAGACUCGGUCUUGCAGGGCAGCGGGACCAUCGUCGGCGUCGACUUGCUCAAGCUGCAGCAUGGCGUGGGAGCGGCCGAAGGGGUGCAGUUCGUCCAGGGCGAUUUUCUUGAUCCAAAGGUGCAGGCUCGCCUGAAGGAGGCGCUGCUGGACAUGUCGGGCGACACCAAGGUCGAUCUCGUUUUGAGCGACAUGAUGGCCAACACGAGCGGCAACAACACACGCGACGGCGCCCUCUCGCUCGAACUGUGCGAAGCCGCACUCGCCUUCGCCGUCCAGCACCUCUCGCCCAUCCGCCGCGCGACCAAAGUCGUCACUCCAUCCGGUCGACCUACCGCCGCCGAAGGCUCCAAGUCGCUCCCGAUCCAGUUCAUCGUCAAGCACUUUGCGUCCGAGUCGACCGAGGCGUUCCGCAAAGAACUCGCGCGCUACUUCCGCCAGGUCAAGUGGGUCAAGCCGCCGAGCAGCAGGAAAGACAGCAGAGAAGGCUUCUUCGUAUGCGCCGGUUUCAAGGGCAAGCAAAGCGCGGAAACCGAACCAGCGGAACAGGCGCCGGCGCAGGACGACCUCGAAUCGUCCGUCUUCUUCUAG